UUUUCUGACCUGUGGAACUUAUCUUCAUACAUAUAUAAAUACAUAGUGUUUAUCACUGAGUGUAUAUAGUGAAACACUAAGUGUAUAAAUAAUUAUAAAUAAUUGUAUUUCAUGCACAUCAAAUUAAUGAUUGUUAAGAAUAUUUUGGAUCGAGAUUAACACAUUAUUAUGGAUGUAAACUUCAAACAUAACCUGUUGAUAUUUUUGAUAUUUUUAUUUGUACAUUUUGAAAUGAGCUUAUUUUUAAAAAGUUAUGCAGCUCACAAACAUUUGCUUCAAUUUUUCAAUAAAUAUUAGAAAUAGGUUAGUGUUUAAUGUCAAGAGACAGUUUUCAAGAGAUGCUAAACAAUUAGACUUCCAAGAAAUAACAACAAUGAAAGUGCUGCAUGUUGCUGAAAAAAAUGAUGCUGCCAAAAACAUCUCAGCACAUUUGUCCAGAAACACUUCUCGAAGAAGAGAGGGCAUCUCAAAGUUCAACAAGAUUUAUGAAUGGGAAGCUCUGUUAUUUAAUCAGAAUUGCAAGAUGAUUAUGACCUCUGUUUCUGGUCACUUAUUAACGUAUGAAUUUACUGGUGCUUAUCGCAAAUGGUACGGAUGUCCUCCACUUAGUUUGUUUGAUGCUCCAGUUGUAAAGCAAUGUAUUGAAGAAUCUUCAGAGAAAAUCAAGAGAACUUUGGAAAGAGAAGUGAAAACUUGUGGUGCUUUGAUUAUCUGGACUGAUUGUGACAGAGAAGGUGAAAAUAUAGGCUUUGAAAUUAUCAAAGUUUGUCAAGCUGUUAAACCUAGCAUUAAUAUCUACAGGGCAAAAUUCUCUGAAAUUACGCAAAUUUCAGUUGACAGAGCACUUCGCAAUUUAGAACAACCAGAUCAAAGACAGAGUGAUGCUGUUGAUGUAAGAAGUGAACUAGAUUUAAGGAUAGGUGCAGCAUUUACAAGGUUUCAAACAUUGAGACUGCGGAAAAAAUUUCCCCAGAAUUUAGCAGAUAUGUUAAUAAGUUAUGGACCAUGCCAAUUCCCAACACUAGGUUUUGUAGUAGAAAGGUUUUUAGCUAUUGAAAGAUUUCAACCAGAGCCUUACUGGAAGCUUAAAGUAAUUCAUGAACAAAAUGAUCUUGCUGUUGAAUUCAGAUGGGCACGAAAUAGGCUUUUUGAAAAGCUGCCUUGUGAAGUAUUUUUGGAUAUUUGUCAAGAAAAUCCACAAGCAACAGUAGAGAAAGUAUCCAAUAAACCAAAGAGCAAAUGGAGACCAUUGCCUUUAGAUACCAUAGAAUUGGAAAAACAAGGCUCACGCAAGUUGCGGUUAAGUGCUAAACAAACGAUGCAGAUUGCCGAAAAACUCUAUACCCAAGGCUUUAUCAGUUAUCCACGUACUGAAACGAAUAUAUUUCCUAAAGAAAUGAAUUUAACAACAUUGGUCACCCAGCAAUCAAAUUGUAAUGCUCCUUGGAGCAUUUUCGCUCAACGAAUUCUCGAGGAGGGUAUCAGUCCGAGGCAAGGCAAGAAAAGUGAUCAAGCUCACCCGCCUAUUCAUCCCACCAAGUAUGCUGAUUCGUUGCAGGGUGACGAAGCGCGUGUUUACGAAUUUGUAGUACGACAUUUUUUGGCCUGCAUUUCAAAGAACGCUGAGGGUUUUGAAACCCUUGUAGAAAUUGACAUAGCCGGUGAGAAGUUUGCGACAACUGGUCUCCAGAUCAUUGCAAAGAAUUACCUCGAAGUAUACAUCUAUGAGAAAUGGAAUGCCAAAGAAAUUCACAUUUACGAAAUGGGUCAAACUUUCAUUCCUACUUCUAUUGAAAUGGUCGAAGAGACAACAUCUGCACCGAAUCUUCUUACCGAAGCUGAUCUCAUAGCUUUAAUGGACAAACAUGGCAUUGGUACCGAUGCUACCCAUGCCGAACAUAUUGAGACUAUAAAAUCGAGACAUUAUGUUGGACUGAGGGAUAAUAAGUAUCUGAUUCCUGGGAAGCUUGGUAUUGGUCUUGUUAUGGGCUACGACAGGAUGGGUUUCCAUAUGUCGAAACCUAAUUUAAGAGCCGAGCUUGAAAGUGACUUGAAACUAAUCUGUGAAGGACAAAAACAGCCAGACGAAGUUCGCCAGCGGACAAUCAACAAGUAUCGCGAAGUUUUCCGCGAGGCUCUCGUCCGAGCGAAUAUGAUCGACGAGGCAUUAGCUGAGUAUCUUAAUGAACGUCCAGUCGAAGUUGCGGAAGAGGAAAUAUCAGUCCCAGAUGAAAAUGAGCCUAUUCUGAAGUGCCCAAAAUGCAACUCAAAUAUGGUUAUCAAGACUAAAAGGCAAAACAAUGGGAAAUACAUUGGCUGCAUGGGAUAUCCUACGUGUAACAAUGUUAUUUGGCUACCAGAAACCGUCGAAAAAAUUGAAGUUCUGGAUGAGCGAUGUUCUACAUGCCCUGAAAAUGUGUUAAAAAAAAUUCGAGUAAAGCUAACGCGCAAUGCUUUUUCGGUACUGGGUACAUCAUAUGAGGCGUGUAUAGGUGGCUGUGAUGCAAUGUUUAACGAUUGCAUGAAUAUUAGAAGAAAUUCAGUACGACGACCAAACGCGGGUGAUGACGGUUAUGAUAGCAAUUCAUCAUCGAGUUCUAGUCGAUCACAACAACGAAACCAGUCAACUAACCGAAAUCAAACUUCAUCAAACGGAAAUAAUGCAGGAAACCAAUCGAAUCAGAACUUUGGAGGUAAUCGAAAUAACGAUGCAUCAUGGAACAACAAUAGGAACCAAUCGAACCGAAAUAAUGAUACAUCGUGGAAUAGUAGUGGAUACCAUAGUAACAAUCAAAGCCGAUCGAAUAAUACGUGGAAUCAAAGCUCAACCUCGACCUCUAAUACUAUUGUCACUGACGGAGCCAAUAAUUACAACUGGGCCAAUGACAACAGCGGUGAGAUUGUGUGCAAUUGCCAUGAACCAGCUAAGAUACUGACCGUACGAAAAGAAGGACCCAAUCAAGGACGAACGUUCUAUAAAUGUGCCAAACCAUCAAAUCAAAGCUGCAACUUUUUCCUUUGGGGUACUGAGUCGGAUGCAGCAGGUUCCAGUUCAGCAAUACUAAGACCUGCCGCCAGUAACUGGAAUCAGAAUCAGAAUAAUAGGCAAAAUUUUACUAACAAUAGGCAGAAUAAUCAGAGCUCGACCAAUAUUUCUGGAAACUGGGACGACGACGCCGACGGCUGGCACAACGAGAACGAGGUCACAUGUAAUUGUGGACAGUCGGCGAAAAAGUUAACAGUUCACAAAGAAGGACCAAACAAGGGUCGACAGUUCUACAGUUGUCCUCAAGGCCCAAAUUCCCCUUGUAACUUCUUUCAGUGGGCUGAUGGAAACACUGGCGGUGGUGGUGGGCGUGGAAGGGGUGGUAGUAGUAGUUGGAAUAACGGACAAGGAGGUGGAGAUGCUGGAGGUGGUUACAGUAGAGGAGAUAACAGCAACUGGGGUGGACCACCAGCUCGUGGUCGUGGAAGAGGACGAGGCGGUAGUGCAGGCACUGCUCCGAAGCGACCGAAAGCUUCAGCUGGAGGUGGAACUUCUAAACGCAAAUGUGGAAUUUGUGGUGUUGAAGGUCACACUAAACGAACGUGUCCUCAGAAUAACUAAAGAUGAACUAUUCAUUUGUUAUUUCUCAAUUGCAAAUGAAAGAACCAUCAGAUUAUUUAUAUUGUGAUUAGACUACAAGUGCCUAAUUAAAAUAAGAG